AUGAAUGAAAAAAAAAAAAAAAAAAAGGAAAAAAAUAGGUAUGAUAAUUUUAUUGAUGAUAAUAAAAAUAAAGAAGAAUUAAAAGAAGACGAGGAAAAUAAUUUCGAAAUUUUUGAUAAAAGUAAAAAUAAAAAAAAAAUUAAUCUAAAGAAAAUAAAAAUUAUUAAUGAAAAUAAAGAAGAAUUUAACUGGAGUGAGGAAGAAUUUAAUCAAAAAAAAGAGAAAAAUAAAAAUAAGAAAAAAGAUAAAAAAGAAAUUAAUGUGAGGAUAAUAAAAAAAAAAAAUCAAUGUUAUUCUUUAGAUGUUAUUAAAAAUAUGAGGUUUUUAAAUACGAAUGAAUUUAUAAAUGAUGAUGCUUUUUUUGUUUUUCCACAUAAUAGAAAUGUGGUAGAUUUAGAAAGGAAAGGUAAUUCUUCAUUAAAUAAAGAAAUGACAAGUAUUUUCAAAAAUAAUAAAACAAAAAGUCAUGAAAAAAGCAAAAAGGUAAUUUCACAAAAAAUUAAUGAAAAGAAAUUAAAAGGAAACAAAAAAACUAAUGAAGAAGAGAAGGAACAAACAAGUCACGGGGAGAAUAAUGAAUUAAGUAUAAAAAAAAAUGAAAACGAAAAAUAUGUUGAAGAAAAAGAUUUAAGCACUUUGAAUAGUAUAAUAAGUAUAAAAGAAGACACUACUAUGUCAAUAGUGAAUUCACUUGAUGAUAGUGGAACAAAUGAUCAUGUAGAUAAUUAUAUAAACUUCGAAUCAAAAGAUAAAAUAGGGAAGAAUGAAGAAGAUAUGUUAUUUAACUAUAAUAACGAACAAAAUAUUAAUUUAUCUAUAGGAAAAUUUGAAGAUUUAUAUUUAGAAGGAGGAGAAGAAAGUUAUGAUAAAGUUAAAGAAGAAAAAUGGGAAAAUAAUAAUGGUGAUAAAGAAAAAAUUAAAAUAAGUAAAGUAAAAGGAGAUGAAGAGAAAAAACAAAAAUUGUAUAUGAAUAAAUGUAAAUUUAAAAAAAAAGGUGAAGUUAAAGAUAAUAGAGAAAAAUAUAAUCAAAAUAUGUAUUCUGAAAAAUAUCAGAAUAAUAGAAAAAAAGAAGAGGAAAAAUAUAUUACAUAUAAAAUACCUAGAUAUCUAAAGAAAAAGAACAUAAGGUGUCCAUUUGUGUAUAGAAGUGUAUUUUAUGGAAAAUAUGGAAUAAUAAAUUAUGAUUUAAAAGGAAAUGAUAAUGACACAUUAGUAAUUACAUUUCAUGGACUAAAUGGAACUAAUUUAACAUUUUUAGAAAUGCAAAAUGUAUUAAUUAGAUAUAAAUUUCAAGUUUUAAACUUUGAUUUAUAUGGACAUGGUCUAUCAGCAUGCCCUAAAUAUAAUCAUAAAGAAAGAAUGUAUGGUAUUGAUUUUUUCUUAUCACAAACGGAAGAGUUGUUAAAUCACCUAAAAUUGCAACAUAAGGAAUUUUAUUUGGUUGGUUUUUCAAUGGGAUGUAUAAUAGCUACCAGUUUUGCUAGAAAAUAUAUUAAACAAGUUAAAAAAAUUAUUUUAAUAUCACCUGUUGGUGUUUUAGAAAAAAAACCUUUUUUAUUAAAAUUAUUAAAAAUUUUUCCUUGCAUAAUUAAUAUUUCUUCUUUUUUUAUGCUUCCUUGUUUUAUCUCAAAAAAGAAAUUAAAAAAUAAUGAUUCUCAAAAUGAUACCUCAGAUUAUUUAUAUAACAGAAUUAUGUGGCAAGCAUUUGUAAAAAAAAAUAUUACUCAUUCAAUUUUGGGUUGCGUUAAUAAUUUAAAAAUGUGGAGUGCCCAUGAUAUUUUUAAAGAAGUUGGUGUUAACAAUAUACCUGUUUUAAUUUUAUGUGGAGAAAAUGAUAACAUUUGUGAUGUUGAUAUUUUUAAAAAUCUAUCUAAAUAUUUUAUUAAUUCUCAUUUAAUAAUCUUUAAAAAUGCUUCUCAUUUAGUCUUAGUAGAAAAAAGUCAAGAAGUCAUCUCAUGUGCUUUGACAUUUUUUCAUUUUCCUCACAAUGCUGAUCUAAAAUUAUUUCAUUAUAUGCUACCAGUGGAUAAAAUGGGAAAUUAUGUAGUUAAGGAUAAGAGAUUUUCUAAAAAAUAUUCUUCUUCUAAAUCCUAUUUAAAGGAUAUUGGUUAUAUACCUAACAUUUUUAUUUCCUUUAUUGAUAAAGAACAAGAAUAUAAAUUUAAAAAAAAAAAAAAAAUAUCUUUAUCAUUUAAUAUACUUUAA